CGCCGACACGAUCGCCAACCGACCCGUACCGUUAUCAAGUACCAUACACACGCCGGUAACACGCGAUUCAGCAUCCAAGUGAUCGCACGUUGGCUUAUCAUCCACAGACAGAUUGAUAAAGAAUGGGAUAUUUAUAAAAAUUUUGUACAAAAGUGAUAACAAGAAAAAUAUCUAUAGUGCUGGUAAAUGCGUAAGAUUCAAACUAUAAAUCACUCAAUACGUCAAAUUUGCUAAAUGGAUGAGUACUGCGAAACAUUAAUCUUGGUUACAUAAACAUGUACGAUUCAUGAUAGCCAUAAUCAAAUAAAAUGGACAAAUACAUCAAUAGAAUAUUUGGAAGCCAAGAUAAUUUCCAUAUCGUUUUAUGCCAAACAGUAUUGUGAAUCUUUUUGGCACCUUGGGAGUCAAAGUUUAACACUAUUUUUUAAAAUAGUAAACAGAAAAUGUGGAAAAUAUGGAGACAUAAAACUUCCGUUAACUGAGAUAGCAUUAUGAGUCAUGACUUCCAUACUUGAGCCCCAGUGUGGCCUCUGUAUUCUUGGCGGACAGUAAGUAUCGCCACGGUGGUCGUUUUAGCUUAACGCAGCAGACGAUUCGCUGUCCGAACCACACCUGUCCAUUACACCAUGGAGUAUCAGAACAUUGUGCAGAUUGCCGCCGGUUGGACGUCGAUGGAACCCGCCAUCCACAACAACACGCUUGACAGUGGGGGCGUCGGCGGGUUCAACAGCACAGGGACGGACAAGGAGAUAUACUGCGACGACACCUCUGGCCACGAAUCCACCCUGUACCUGAUCUCGAAAAUACUCUAUAUCAUCGUGUGCAUCAUCGGCCUUGUGGGCAACACGCUCGUCAUCUACGUGGUCAUACGGUUCUCCAAAAUGCAGACGGUCACCAACAUGUACAUAGUAAACUUGGCCAUUGCAGACGAAUGUUUCCUAAUCGGUAUACCGUUCCUAAUCGUCACCAUGACGAUGGAUUUCUGGCCAUUCGGCAACAUCAUGUGCAAAGUGUACAUGACUACAACCAGUAUUAAUCAGUUCACCAGCAGUAUAUUCCUAAUGAUCAUGAGCGCCGAUCGGUACAUAGCAAUAUGCCAUCCGAUAUCUUCGUCCAAAGUACGCACGGCGUACGUAUCGAAAGUCGUGUCUGUCACAGCUUGGACAUUCAGCAUCAUACUUAUGAUACCUGUUAUCAUGUACGCCAACACGAUGGACAAGGGCAACGUCAUGAGCUGUAACAUCAUAUGGCCCGAAAACGACUUCUUCAGCGGCCAAACAGCGUUCACGCUCUACUCGUUCGUACUGGGCUUUGCUAUACCGCUCAUGCUCAUAUUUGUCUUCUACAUACUCGUCAUAAGAAAACUGCAAACGGUGGGUCCAAUUAAUAAGUCGAAGGAGAAAAAGAAAUCGCAUAGAAAAGUCACCAAAUUGGUACUGACAGUCAUCACGGUGUACGUGUUGUGUUGGUUGCCGUAUUGGAUCACUCAGGUGGCGUUGAUAUUCACACCGCCCAAACAAUGUCAGUCCAACAUAGUAAUCACCAUUUUUCUGUUAGCCGGGUGCUUGAGUUAUAGUAAUUCGGCCAUGAAUCCAAUUCUGUAUGCAUUUCUCAGCGACAACUUCAAAAAGAGCUUCCUGAAGGCAUGCACGUGUGCCGCUGGCAAGGAUGUAAACGCGGGCCUGCACCAAGAGAACAGCACGUUCCCGCGUAGGAAUCGAGGCGGUUCGGAACGGCUGAGGACCGGCAGGGCCACCACCAUUCUGUGUCAGGCGAUCGAGACGGGCACCGGCGUGUGCAGUGGCCGGGACGACGAGCCCGGUUUCUGCGGCGAGACGGGUCCGUUGGUGUGCAGUCACGCCGAACUGGUCAGUAAAGAAAAUACGUCCACGGCGCUCACUAUGACUUCUCGAUCGACGUGCAACGACAACGUGCCGCCCGCCCAGCUGUAAUUUCCGUCAUUGCCGCCGCAGUUGGUCGUCCGGAAUAAACGGCACUUUACUCUGACACCACGUUACUGUUAUCGGGUUUUUCUUUUGUUACCAUUAUAUAUUGUUGGACGUGUUUCAUGUAUUGUCCCGUUGUUCACAGACGUGUCCAGUUUUGAGCUGAUGUCUCCAACUCGUUGCGCAGUUCGGACUGAUAGUUGCGUACCUCGUAACUGUCGUGUUAUUUUCUCCCUUUGUCCUCGUUUUCUCGCCGACACUGUGCGUUUCCAGUUAGCUCGAGUGUGCCAUAACCGCUCUUUCUUCUAAGACAAUCGAUGUGAUAUGAAUGUUCAUGAUUAAUAUUUUUAAAUAGUUUAACUACUCAAUGGAAUUAAUCAAAUAUAUUCCUCAGAAAAACGGUUUUAAAACUCGAAGAAAAAAAACACAAGAUCGUUUUAAAAAAUAUUAAUUUUUCAAUCCCGGAUACUAAUUAGUUAUUACCUUACAAAUAUCUCUGCGUAAAAAAUUACUUAAAAGUACAUCAGUUUUAUAAUUAAUUACGCUAGAUUUUACGUUCUUGCUGUAAUUAUUUAUUAAACCAAAUUCGUGUUUUAAAAACUAAAUUUUGAAUUAGAAAUAAAAAGUCGUCAAUCAAACAUUUUCAUAUUUAUAAAUAUAAAUUCACUACUAACGACGACAUUGUUAAAUAUAUAAAAAUUAUAUUACCAAAUAUUACAUAGGACUAAUUAGUUCUACGCAAUGUUUAAUAAUCGUUCAAAUGUUAAAUUGAUUGAAAUAUAUUAAUCUCCACAAAUAGGGAAUAAAAUAUUAAUGAAUUAAUAAUUAUGAACACUAUUAUUCACUAAAUUAGAAGAAAGAGCAAUAACUAGAGUAAUGUUAAGGUCUAUUAAAACUUUUAAAUGAAAAAUCAUAUUAAUUAUAAAAUGAUUUUAAUGACUCAAUAACUAAUUAAUAUUACCAACAACUUUCAUUCAAUACAUUAUUAUAUGUUCAAAGAUGUACAUGGACCGUUAUUAUGUAAAAUUGUUUGUACAUUUGUAAGUAAACUUUGUAAUAUUGACAUACACAACUAAAUACUUUAUAAAUGGUCAACAAUGUUAACGUUUAAUAAUAAGGCAUGUUAUUCCAAUAUGUCUAAAGUAAAUAUUACUAAAAAUGAUUCACAAAAUACUUUUUGCCAGAUGUUCAAUCAAAAUUAAGACUUUAUCACUAUAAAUAUUAACUAAUUGGCGGACCACCAAUUCAAUUUUGUACAUUAUAUAUUAUCUAUUGAUAUUAUUUAAUCAUUAAAUAUAAUAAACAUAGUCAAUAAUCAUUUUAAUGCAAAGAUGCAUGAUUUAAUGUUAAAAAUUAAAAUAUAUAAUUUAAAAAAAUAAUAAUAAAAACUAAUUGUAUCAAUUUACAUGUUUAUAAGUAUUUAUAUAUUAAAAAUGUUUAUAUUUACAAUUACAACAUAUAUUUACACCUCUAUCAAAACUUUAACAACUCAACUUUCAACAUAUCAGAGGACUUGAUUUGUAAAUUUUAAUACUAACGAAUUGUUAAUUAAUAUUUGUUAUAUAUACAAAAAUAACACAGAUAUACAUUCUUACUAGUAAAUAUUUACCAAUAGUAAUAUAUCUGUGUAAAAAUACAGCUAGGUAUAAGAGAAGUUUUAUUUCUGUAUUACACUAUAAAAUGUUUUUGGUACAAGUGUUAAGCAUUAUAAUUAGUUUUAAAUGAAUUUUAGAUCAAUUAUUAGUUUUACAUAAAAAAAAUACUUAUAGCUUCUGUGUUCCAAUAAAUUAAAAAUGUU